UAAAAAAAAAAACGAACUAAACGUCUGAUCCUAAGCACAAAUUAAUUGUAAAUGAAGUCCAAAUCAUAAGUAAACCAGCUAUUAAAGGGAAACCCGAAUACACUUUCCGAUUUCCCGCAUUAAUAAUAGUGUGAAAGGCAGCCCAUUCCGUGGGGAACCAACCUUCCGUCUCUCCAGCCUCUUCCGUCGCGUUACUCUCCUCCUUUUCCGCCACCAUCACCGCCUCUGAUCCCGACCGGGUAUACUUUCUCUGUCAUCGUCUCCUAACCCUAACGCCUGAACAGCUAUAGCUGACGCCACUGUAUUCCAUUUGCACCCCUUUAUGCUGUUGCGAUGAACCUUUGGACCGACGACAACGCCUCCAUGAUGGAGGCCUUCAUGGCCUCAACCGACCUUCAUGGGCUGCCUUGGACUCCGACGCCGACGUCGUUGAACAAUAAUUCUACUCCUCUCUCCGGCAUGUCGGGUACCGCCGCCACGCCAGCUUAUUUCACCCAGGAGACCCUGCAACAGCGGCUCCAGAUGCUGAUCGAGGGGGGUAGAGAGAGCUGGACCUAUGCGAUAUUCUGGCAAUCAUCCAAUGACGUUGGCUCCGGCGCGAACCUUCUUGGCUGGGGAGAUGGGUAUUACAAGGGUAGCGAGGAGGGGAAGAAGAAGCGGAAGGUGAGCACGGCUGCAUCCGCGGCGGAGCAGGAGCACCGGAAGCGUGUGCUUCGUGAAUUGAACUCCCUAAUCUCCGGCGGCUCCUCCGGGUCCUCGCCGGACGAUGCGGUGGAGGAGGAGGUCACCGACACCGAGUGGUUUUUCCUUGUCUCCAUGACGCAGUCCUUCAUCAACGGCCAUGGGCUUCCGGGACAGGCCUAUCUCUCCGGCACGCCUUCCUGGUUCUCAGGAAUCGACCGGCCCACCAUGGCGUCCUGCGAGCGAGCCAGACAAGCCCAGGAAUUGGGGAUCCAGACCAUGGUCUGCGUUCCGGUGGGAACCGGCGUCGUGGAGUUCGGAUCGACCGAGGUUAUCUUUCAUAGUGCGGAGAUGAUGAACAAAGUUAAGGCUCUGUUCGUUUUCAAUGGCCACGACAGCUCCGCUGCAGAAGUACCCUGGCUUCCGCCGGCGGUGGCAGAACAAGUUGAUGCUAAUCCAUCGACGAUGUGGAUCUCAGAUCCAUCGGUCAUACAGAUCAAGGAUUCGGUUUCCCCUCCUACCGCUAUCUCUGCUUCACAAGCCCCAAUUCGGUUAGACAAACCUAGCACAAGUGGCCUCACUGAAAGCCGAAAUUCGAUUCCAAUCCAGCAAACGCUGCAAAACCGACAUCAAUCAGUGAAUCAACAGCACCCGUUCUACAGCAGAGAGUUCAAUUCCUCAGAUUUUACUCGUAACAAUGCCACCCCUUACCAACCCUCCAAGCCGGAAUCCCGCGAUGUCCUUAACUUUGGGGAAAGCAAGAGGAAUUCAUUUUCUUCCUCCCCCUCAGUCCAACAACAAAUCCCGGACGACAAGAAAAUCAAAAAAGCCGCCGUGGAUACCACGUCCCGUGGAAGCAACGAAGAGGGCAUGCUCUCCUUCUCCUCAGCCCCAGCGCGCCAAGUUUCUACGGGACAUGGGAAGGCCUCAGCUGCUGCCGAUUCAGACCAUUCCGACCUCGACGCUUCUGUCCGCGAGGCUGAGAGCAGCAGGGUGGUAGAGCCCGAGAAGCGGCCGCGGAAGCGCGGCCGCAAGCCGGCAAAUGGCCGGGAGGAACCGCUUAACCACGUGGAGGCGGAGCGGAUGCGGCGUGAGAAGCUGAACCAGAAGUUCUACGCGCUGCGCGCCGUCGUCCCCAACGUCUCAAAGAUGGAUAAGGCUUCGCUCCUUGGCGACGCCAUUUCUUAUAUCAACGAGUUGAGAUCGAAGUUACAAUCACUGGAGAGUGACAAAGAGGGGCUGCAGUCUCAGCUCGAGUCACUAAAAGAGGAGAGCGACGCGGGACCUUCACGGCCCCUGCCGCCUCUCCUAGCGGCGACGGCGGAGCAUGAGCUUAAGUUGAUGAAUGGCUACGGGCGGACCGCUGGCGUGGAGAUCGAAGUGAAGCUUCUUGGCGUGGAGGCGAUGAUACGCAUACAGUGCCAGCGCAGGAACCACCCGGCGGCGAGGCUGAUGGCGACGCUCAAGGACUUGGAUCUCGAGCUAUACUACGCAAGCGUCUCGGUCGUGAAGGACCUCAUGAUCCUGCAAGCAACGGUCAAGAUGUCGAGCUGCGGGUACACACAGGAGCAGCUCAGCUCCAUGCUCUUCUCCCGCGUUGCCGAUCCAAUACUCCGGCGCUAGGUAUAGAUAAAUGUCUUGUGCCACCUUCAUCAAAACCGUUUCUUUUUUCUUGUUUUUGGUUUUUUAAGCCGAGUGUUGUAUCAUCAUCUGUUUUUGUGUAGGUUAUAUGGAUUCCAAAAUUUCUACAAUAAUUUUUAAAACUUUCAUCGAUA